UGGAGGCACUGGAGAUUUCUGAAACACUGGUUUUAAACUCAACAUUGACAUGGCUGAUUACUCAUGAAGAUUUCAGGGCAACAGAUAAUUUUGGGUGAGAUGGAACAAUGUUCUUUUAAGGAAGACAUCUCAUGUGUAGCAAGAAGAGGAUUAGCAUCUGCAUGAAUCAGAACAUAUUACUUCAAAGCUUACAAUAAUUCUGGAAAAUGAAGAGGAAAAGGGUCAUAAGGUCAGUGUUAAAAUUUCUGCUACUGGUAAUUGAAAUGUUUCCAUGUCUGGGCAAUCUGCAUUUCUGCAAUAUUUUCUCUACAUGUAUGAUGAACAGUAACUCUGAGAGACUAUGUCACUAUUAUUAUUAUUAUUAUUAUUAUUGUCGCGACGCUCGUUGCGAGCAGACGUGUUUUGUGUGAGCUCCCUCUGUGCGGUGCAGUGUGUGUUUGUGUAGUGAACUCUAGCGAACAGGCUACUAUGCCUGCGAGCAAAGAUAUUUGUGGCCUGUGUAGUAAGGGCUUCUACGGAAAGCAAAAGUUCAUCAAGUGUGUAGGGCCUUGUGCUGUUAGAUACCAUCUCAGCUGUGUCAAUAUCAGUGAAGCUGAGUAUAGUUGCCUUAUGGUGAAUGGGGAAUCAACCUACAAGUGCACGUCCUGCAUUAAGAAUCUUAGAUCCUUGAGACGUGAUGAUACUCCUGUGAAGACUCGGUCUGCUGCCACUGAGAUCUCUGAGGCUGUUUCGCCUUUGAAAAUUAUCUCUCCGGACAGGGUACUGGAAUUGCCUCCUAUUUUUGAGGAUGGCAAAUAUGAGGCGUCGAUGGUCCUAUUAGAGACGAUCCGCCUUAAUAGUCAGAGCGCGGUUGAUAUUUUAAAAACACUUUUAGACUUGGUGCACAAACUUAAUGAUGAUGUGACUCAUUUAAAACAUGAUAAUUCCUCCUUAAAAUUGGAAUUAAAAAAAUGUAAGGAGUUAAUGGUAAAUCCGCCUAUGAACGUAAAUUACGCUACUACAGGGUCAAUGUCCUCACAGCCUGUGUCCAGGUCUAUGCCUAGUGAAUGUACAGUGUCUACUGGUGCUUUUCCAGUGCUUGCUAAGUCAUCAGUUCCUGCUACUAGUAGUUCUGCUGAUGCUGUAGUUUUGUCCUAUAGGGAUGUCGCGUCAGCUGGCCUGCCUUCUAAACCAGAUGUGCCAACGGAUUCCGAGGGAUUUGUGCCUGUUGUCCGUAAAAAGAAACCUAUCGCAGUCUCUGUGAAUAAUACAAUCAAACCUAGACGUCAACCCCUUAUAGGGGUACGAAACUCUGCGUCCUUGCCUAUUGUUGUUAAAAAAGAAAGAACCAAAGCUCUCUUUGUUUCCAGAUUCUGUCCAGAGGUUUCAGCUGCUGACGUUGAAAAGUCUUUAAAGGAGCAAUUGAGCUUAAAGAAAUUGAUUUGCACCAGACUGAAAACUAAAUUUAAUACUUAUUCUUCUUAUCAUGUUUUAGUUCUUGAAGAUGAAUUUCCACUUAUCAAUAAUACUGGUGUUUGGCCUACAGGGUGCUUGAUUGCCCCCUUUUACGGUAAACUUAAACCUGAUCAGAUGUACUCCCCCAGUACCCCUGUUACUGGUGGCCGAUCAAACUAAAUCUGCAAACCUUGGAUGUCAGACGGCGUCAUAUUGAUGCUUUGUUUUUAAUAAAUGUUUUUAGAGGCACAACAUAUUGCUCCUCUGUCCUUGAUGCGGUCGGUUUGCGGGUUCCUUCUCGGAACAUUCGAAAUUUUUCUACAUUUAGCUGUUCUUUCAGUCGCUGUCCCACAGCUAGAUGUGUUGUUGCUGCAAAUUUUGUUUGCGAACUUGUAGACAUUUUUAGUAAAUCUAGUUUAAGUUUGAAUUGUUUAGUUUGAUAAUUUUUGUACUUUUGGUUGUUUUUUACUAUUUGCACUGUCUUUUUAACUUGUCACUGGCUUUUGAGCUAAGUAUGCAAUUAGUUUUUUGCUGUAAAUUGUUUUAAUUUUCCAAAUACUUAACGUUUUUGACCUGUUAUUAUCUAUGUGUGUAUUGUCUUGAUUUUUAUCAUUGUCUGUUGUUUGUUGUUUUAUAUUUUCCGUGCUGACUCUGUAAUUGGCCUCCGCUGUUGAGCUCGGCACGUAAA